AUGGGUUCGGAGAAAGGCCUCCCUGUCCAUCGCGACCUCGAUCGAGUCCCUCCUGCAACGAGAAAUGUACGCCCAGUACGAAAAACCGGCAAGACAUUUGUCACAGUUCCUUGGCAUGCACAGGAAACACUUGCUAAGUGCCGUGCACUAAACACGCGACCAGGAGCAUCUACAAACGAACGUUUGCAAUUAGACAGGUUUCAGCCAGGGACAAACCCAAUAGUCAUUCGUAAUGCCUCUAUCUGGACUGGCUUGGACAAUGGUCUCGACGUGCUGCAGGCAGACUUGUUCUUGGACAAGGGUCUCAUCAAGUCAGUUGGAGAAAUUGACCUAACCAUACUUGCGAAGGAUCGUACAAAGGAAAUCACGGUUAUAGAUGCCCACGGAACUUGGUUGACCCCAGGAAUAGUUGAUGUGCACUCACAUAUGUCAGUUGAUGCUGCGCCUGCACUAUCAGGCGGGCAAGCAUUUACUAUCAAACUGCGUUCCACACAAGAACGAUCUUCGUCGUCUCUCUUGGUGGAGCCACCUUUCGGGUUAAAUGGCUCAGAUGUUGAUUUAGAAGUCCCUCCUAGAUGGCGUCACAUGAAGUACAAUCGAGCACGCCAGGUCAAGAAUUCUCAAGAAGAAUAUUGCUCCAAGGCUCUUGCGGGGGAUUGGACCGGUCUUGGAUCAUUCCCAGAAAGCUUUCAGUGGGAAGCCCUUGUUGAUGUUCUAAGAGGAAAAGUCAAAGUUCAUACUCAUUGCUAUGAAGCUGUGGAUUUCGAUGCCUUCGUCAGACUAUCCAAUGAAUUUCAGUUCUCUGUCGCAGCAUUCCAUCAUGCUCACGAGGCUUACCUUGUCUCAGAUGUUCUGAAGAAAGCAUAUGAGCACCCGCCUGCUGUCGCUAUGUUUGCCGCAUUUUCUCGGUAUAAACGCGAAGCUUACCGGCACUCCGAGUUCGUGCCUCGACUAUUGCACGACGAUGGCAUCAAAGUCAUCAUGGAGAGUGAUCAUCCUGCUAUCCAGUCUCGUUACCUCCUGCAUGAGGCACAGCAGGCUCACUAUUACGAUUUACCUGAAAACGUUGCACUGGCCUCAGUCAUCAGCACUGCUGCAGAAGUACUUGGAUUGGACCAUAGGUUGGGAUACAUCAAAGAAGACGUUGUUCUCUGGGACAGUCACCCCCUCGCCCUAGGAGCUACUCCCUUGCAAGUCAUCAUUGAUGGUAUCCCACAGAUAUCUUCUCCUCAUGCAUCGAUCAAGCCCGCUUCCCUCCAAUCUUCACCCACUACCCCAGAUUUCGAAAAAGAAGCUGCAGACGCGAUUAAAUACGAAAGUCUCCCACCUCUGGAGCCUUCGCGUACGGUAACAGAUUUAGUGAUUUUCUAUAAUGUAUCGAGUGUAUGGGCGCGAGAAGCUGGCACUGUACAGGCGGCAUUCGGGGUCCAAGAGGGCGAAUCUAGGGGCGUGGUUGUUGUCGACAACGGACGACUUGUCUGCGCGAACGUGUUGGAGGCCGCUUGUGCUUCGUACAUGUCAUCAGGCUCAGUUCAGGUCGACUUGCAAGGUGGAUCCCUUGCGCCUGCACUUGUGGCUGCAGGUUCUGCGAUCGGAUUGCAAGACAUCGCCGGAGAACCGUCCACUGGCGAUGGUACCGUCUAUGAUGUUAUGAAAAGUAUACCGAGUGUUGUUGGUGGAGACAGCAGUAUCAUCAAAGCAAUUGAUGGUUUGCAAUACGGCAGUCGUAAUGCACUGGUCGCUCACCAUUCCGGCGUGACAACCGCGAUCACUGCGCCAACUUCGAACGGAGUUAUUGCAGGCCUGAGUGCUCAUUUCUCUUUAGGAUCAGCGCAUAGACUCCAACAGGGUGCUGUCAUCAAUGAUGUAGCUAGCGUACAUGUAAAAAUCAGACACCUAGGAGAGCCCAGCGUGAGCCCACAAAUCGCCGCUCUGCGCCGACUCCUUCUGGAACCUCAAGGCAGAGAAAGGGGCAAGUAGCUGAAACAAGUCACAAAGGGAGAGGUACCUCUGGUAGUGGAUGUUAAAAGUGCAGACAUCAUUUGACCCUUCUAGUUCUGAAGAAAG